AUGGCUAAGAAGAGAAAGGCUGGUGGUCGCCCUGCGUCCAGAAAUGCGCCUGCACCAGAGAAGACUAAAUUCGGCCUUGAGGAGAGAUUCGACGGCUCCGAGGAUGAGUUUCAAACCGGCCGUGAUCAGAUUUUGCUGGAGGAAGCGCCAGAAGCGAAGAGACGUCGCAAGUUGGUUGAGGAAGAGGAAUUGUUCCAGCUGUCUGAUGAGGAGGUCAUGGGCUAUGAGUCUAUGGAUGAAGACGACUUGGACGACGAGGAAGAAUUGGACGAAGAUGGAUAUGAUGAGGAUGGUGUGGAUGAUCUCGAUGAAGAGAUUCUAGGAUCCAAAAGCAAGCGGCGUGGGGCAUCUGGUGCCUCUGAAGACGAGGACGAGGACGAUAUUGCCGCAUGGGGCUCUUCAAAGAAGGAUCUUUAUAAUGCCGAUCAAAUCGAAACGGAGGCAGAUGCCCUUGAAGAAGAAAAGGAAGCGAAGAGGCUGCAACAAAAGCAUUUGCAAGCAAUGAAUGAGGGGGAUUUCGGAUUCGAUGAAACCGAGUGGAUCGAAUCCGGUAAAGAGAAGGGAGAUGAAGAGGAUGAGGCGGAAGUGGUAACUGAGGUCCUACCACAGGCAGAGAUAACUGACGAUAUGAGCGAGGAGGAGAAAUUGAAGAUUCUGAAGGCGAGAUACCCGGAGCUUGAGCCCUUGGCUAAAGAUUUCGGUGCCCUUCAGUCCGAACUCGAGAAACUUGCACAGGCUGCCAACGCUUUCAAAACCAUGGAGGCUAACGAAGGCAUUUUAAAUGUAAAUGCAUCCCCCGUUCCGGUCAUCAAAUAUCGUGCUCUUUCGGCAUACCUAGGUGUGAUCAGCCUGUAUUUUAUGCUCUUGACGUCUCCAGCCAACGAUGCGUCGGAGAAGGCAGCUGCCCUAUCUCCGGCCGAACUACGCGCUCAUCCGGUUAUGGGAUCACUGGUCAAAUUCAGAAAGCUCUGGGAAACCGCCAAGGAUCUUAACAUCCCCGAAGCUCCAGGUGUAGACAGUGGCAAGAAGCAGAAGGAUUCCAAGACAGAGCUAACUGUAACACCCCAUGCAAAGAAGCAAAGCAAGAAGACAAAGGAUGCCCAAGGAAAUAAGCAAAAGAAGCAGAAACAGUCCAAGGCUCAACGUGCCGCCGAGGCAGCCCUGGCAGAAGCAGAAGCUCAAAGGGCAGACAAGCUUCGAGAGACAGAAGCUAACCUGGCAGAUCUAUCGAAACUUAUUACUGAACCUAGCAGGAAACGGCCCACUCAAAGAGCGCAGAAAUCCAAGGACGCCGAUGACUCUGACUUCGGCGAUGAAGAUGCUCUGACCACCAAGGAAGCCGAGGAGAAAGCCAAGCAGAAACGCUCCCUCCGUUUCUAUACCUCCCAGCUGGCACAGAAGGCAAAUAAGCGCACUGCAGCUGGUCGGGAUGCUGGUGGAGAUGCGGAUCUUCCCUACCGUGAACGAUUGAGGGACCGCCAAGCUCGGUUGAAUGCCGAGGCCGAGAAGCGUGGUCGACAGCAACCUAAAGGAUCCGAACAGCUGGGCGGUGACAGUGACGAUGAAGAUCGACGGGUUGCCAAUGAGCUCCGAGGCGAGCAGUCGGGAACUGGCGACGAUGAAUACUAUGACAUGGUUGCUGCGCGCACCAACAAGCGCAAGGAAGACAAGAAGGCUCUCGCGGAGGCCCACGUAACUGCAGCUCGUCAGGGCGGACAUGUGGAAAUCCAAGAGGAGAUUGGACCUGACGGUAAACGGGCCAUCACCUACCAGAUUGAGAAGAAUAAAGGUCUUGCCCCCAAGCGGAACAAGGACUCUCGCAAUCCUCGUGUCAAGAAGAGAAAGAGGUACGAAGAUAAGAAGAAGAAGCUGGCCAGCGUCCGCCAGAUCUACAAGGGUGGUGAAGGCCGUGGAGGAUACGGUGGUGAACUCACUGGUAUUAAGAAGAACCUGGUUAAAAGUGUUAAGCUCUAG